GACGGAGAGUUAACAGUUUUGGAAGUCGCUAGGGGUUAUAUUGAAAGUUAACACUUCAGGUUCUAGGUUGAGCACAAUGACCGCCUCCUCCUGGGCAGCUGGUCCGGAGGCGAGCGCGGAGGAGCUCCGCCUCUGGCUGCCUUGGGGGAACCCACCUUACCAGGGCGCAGAGACCGAAUCUGGAGCCGCGUGCACGGGGGACCCCGCGUCCCGCCGAGCACCGGCCGCGUGUAGCCCUCUCCGACUGAGCUAAGAAGGGGGUGCUCCUCGCGGCCCUCUGGGGGAGCCCUCCCACUCUUUCCAACUUUCCCGGCCCUGGGGCCGGAGGAGGGCGCCUCUCCCGGCGGGUGCGCGCUCGGUACUUAAAGGCGGCUCCGUGGGGCCGGCGCUCGUCAGUCGGAGCGCGCAGCGGCGGCGGUGCACCGGGGAGCGAGGCGCGGCGGCGGCGAGGAGCAGGAGGAGGGGCAUGGAGCCGCCGCGGGCCUGCUGAGUACCGGAGCGCGGGCAGCCGGCGGCACGAUGCCGGUGCAGCUGACGACAGCCCUGCGUGUGGUGGGCACCAGCCUGUUUGCCCUGGCAGUGCUGGGUGGCAUCCUGGCGGCUUACGUGACAGGCUACCAGUUCAUUCACACAGAGAAGCACUACCUGUCCUUCGGCCUGUACGGUGCCAUCCUGGGCCUGCACCUGCUCAUCCAGAGCCUGUUUGCCUUCCUGGAGCACCGGCGCAUGCGGCGGGCGGGCCGGCCGUUGAAACUCGCCUCCCCGUUGCGCCGCUCGGUGGCACUGUGCAUCGCGGCAUACCAGGAGGACCCCGACUAUUUGCGCAAGUGCCUGCGCUCCGCCCAGCGCAUCGCCUUCCCUGACCUCAAGGUGGUCAUGGUGGUGGAUGGCAAUCGCCAGGAGGACGCCUACAUGCUGGACAUCUUCCACGAGGUGCUAGGCGGCACUGAGCAAGCUGGCUUCUUUGUGUGGCGCAGCAACUUCCAUGAGGCAGGCGAAGGGGAGACCGAGGCCAGCCUGCAGGAGGGCAUGGACCGUGUGCGGGAUGUGGUGAGAACCAGCACCUUCUCCUGCAUCAUGCAGAAGUGGGGAGGCAAGCGAGAGGUCAUGUACACGGCUUUCAAGGCUCUUGGUGAUUCAGUGGACUACAUCCAGGUGUGCGACUCUGACACCGUGCUGGAUCCAGCCUGCACCAUCGAGAUGCUUCGAGUCCUGGAGGAGGACCCCCAAGUAGGGGGAGUUGGAGGAGAUGUACAAAUCCUCAACAAGUAUGACUCGUGGAUCUCCUUCCUGAGCAGUGUGCGGUACUGGAUGGCCUUCAACGUGGAGCGGGCCUGCCAGUCCUACUUCGGCUGCGUGCAGUGUAUUAGUGGGCCUUUAGGCAUGUACCGCAACAGCCUCCUCCAGCAAUUCCUGGAGGACUGGUACCAUCAGAAGUUCCUGGGCAGCAAGUGCAGCUUCGGAGAUGACCGCCACCUCACCAACCGAGUCCUGAGCCUCGGCUACCGGACUAAGUAUACAGCACGUUCCAAGUGCCUCACAGAGACUCCCACCAAGUACCUCCGGUGGCUCAACCAGCAGACCCGCUGGAGCAAGUCUUACUUCCGAGAGUGGCUCUACAACUCUCUGUGGUUCCAUAAGCACCACCUCUGGAUGACCUACGAAUCAGUGGUCACAGGUUUCUUCCCCUUCUUCCUCAUUGCCACAGUCAUACAGCUUUUCUACAGAGGCCGCAUCUGGAAUAUUCUCCUCUUCCUGCUGACGGUGCAGCUGGUGGGCAUUAUCAAGGCUACCUAUGCCUGCUUCCUUCGGGGCAAUGCAGAAAUGAUCUUCAUGUCCCUCUAUUCCCUUCUGUAUAUGUCCAGCCUCCUGCCGGCCAAGAUCUUUGCCAUUGCUACCAUCAACAAGUCUGGCUGGGGCACCUCUGGCCGAAAAACCAUCGUGGUGAACUUCAUUGGCCUCAUCCCUGUGUCCAUCUGGGUGGCAGUCCUUCUAGGGGGACUGGCCUACACAGCGUAUUGCCAGGAUCUGUUCAGUGAGACAGAGCUAGCCUUCCUGGUCUCUGGGGCCAUCCUGUAUGGCUGCUACUGGGUAGCCCUCCUCAUGUUGUAUCUGGCCAUCAUCGCCCGGCGAUGUGGGAAGAAGCCAGAACAGUACAGCUUAGCUUAUGCUGAGGUGUGACAUGGCCCCCAAGCAGAGUGGGAAAAGUGCAAUGGGUGAGGGAGGGAAGGGGAAUGGAAGAGAAAAGAUGGGGUGGGAGGGAGGAGGGAGUGCUGUUUUAGUUCGUCAAUGGUCCAAAGGACAAAUCUGAAGUGCAAAGAAUGGUGACUGUACUAUGGCCUGGGGCAGUUCUGCUUAGAGGCAACACCUUUCCAGCUCAGGGGGCGACUUGUUUUCAUGCCGCCUGUCUGUUGGCCUCUGCGUGUGUCAUGGCCUCUGGGAAAGAUUCCACUUCCUGCCCCGGGAUCCAAAUGCAACCCAGAAGUGUGCUAAGACAAUUAGUUCCAAUCAGUGGCAACUUCUGAUAGGUAAGUGAGCAAUGACAGCCUGCGGGAAGGGGUUCUCUUAGCCCAUCUGAACACAACCAGAGGUGGUGGGAGAAUUUGAGAGAUCUGGGCUGGCUAGUAUGUGUUCCCCACCCUCACCCCCAAAUCUAGCUAUCAAUGCAAUAAGAUUGUGCCUGAUACAAGGCCCAGAAGCCUGAUCUUUGGGCAUCAGAAAACAGGGUCCAGGAAUGGUGCUUUAUUACAUGACAUACUCCAUUCCACAUCUCAACAUCCCAAGGAUGAGCCAAACUAGCAGAGAGUUAGCACUGAACUCCUUUUAAGUGUGUAUGUAUAUAUACAUAGAUGUUAAAAAUGAAAGUUUGCCAGGAGGAACAAAGAUUGGUGGUUGUGCUAAAGGCCAUGGCCUAUAUGGGGGCCUUAGGCUGAAUGGAGCUCACCUGAAAACUGCCCAACACCUAGAUGAGCUUGUCUGUGAUCUCUGCUGGGGAGAGGAAAGGUUUUGGUCAUCUACCAGGAAGAUUAAACCCCAACGUGCUCAGAAAAGAAGUGAGGGCUUGGGUACCUGAUCCUGCACACUCCUGAAUUCCUCUCUCAAACUCAGCUCUGAGUCUAAGACAGCCUCCACUUGGCUUUCUUCAAGGUGAUGCACCAAGUCACCUCGUCCACCUUCCUUCUCAUUUGGUAAGUUUUUCAAGUUAGCAACUGAGGCAGAGUCUGGACUCUCAUAGCCCCUCUGCAAUAAGCAACCCUGUCCUCAGCAGGUGGGGGGAAAAAUGAUUAGGAGCCUCUGACCAAAUUAGCCACAAUCUUGCAAGUGCUUAUACAGAUUCCUUAGCAGCUGGCUAAGCGUGCAUGACUUUCAGACUACAGAUAUUGACAAUCAUGUCCAGUGAAAACCUUUUCAGCGUUCCCUAAGUGAAGCCUCCAAUCCAAGCUGGUCAUCUUUGAAACUGUCCAUUCUCUUCAGUGGCUUCUCAAGGAGAUUCUUACAGCGAAGUUGUGGAUAGUCAUUAUUGCAUUUGCUUCUUUCCAGAAACCAAACUCGGAGAUGGAACUGGUUCCUAAAUCCUAAGGUUCUUGUUUUCUCUCUCACGCCCCUUGAAGCUUUUAUUUCUCUGCCCUUUUGGGGGGGGUGGUGCAGGGGGAGCAAGGGAAAGCAUUUUCUAGACAUUUGCAAUCCACAGACAAUUCUCAGCUCUUGAGUUUGAAACUGGGAAUCUUGACUAAGCCUUUGACUUAGGGGUUGCUUGCUUGCAGGUGUACUUGUGCUCUCCGAAUGUCCAUUCUUAGCAGGGCCUGCUAGCCCCUCAGAACCAGCACUGAAGUUGACAGGAGUUGAAGGGGCAAGACUCUAGUGUGCCCAGGUGCUUCCUACACAGGAACAAAGUGUGCUCUGAGCCACAGAUUGGCAAACCCUGGUGUUUUCCUUCAUCUCCCAUGAACGCAAGGGUUUUCCAGGUGCAACCAACAUCGCUACAUCACACAGACCUCGAGCUUCUGAGAAGAUUGCUGGCCGGUGUUGGGUCCAACCCAUGAAGGCUGGGAAGAGGCAGCAGGCAUUUGCUAAAGGCGGUUGUUCCAGGCUCUUGCGUGUUUUUGCUGGCCAAGUAAACUAUUUUGAGCACUACAAUGGAGGAAAUCCGGUCAGCCAGCCAACUGCAGAGCUCACACUUAACUAAGGGCUUGUUUUUCUUCAGCUUUUACUUGAAGGUUAAUGUCGGAUGGAUUUCCAGAUGGAGAACUGGUUGUCCUACCAUCAGCUCUGCCUUGCACUGUGGUUUUCAACUUUGCUCAGAACAAGGGUAGGCAGGUACAAGUAGUGGGCUCACAACGUUUGACCUCGACUGGUUUUUCUAAGUUAUUUUGUACAUUUUUCAGCAGCGAAACCAAACUGGGUCUUCAGCUUUAUCCCCGUUUCUUGCAAGGGAAGAGCCUUUAUAUACAACUGGACACAUUUUGGUUUUUCCUCAUUGAGAAUUUUAAGCCUUUUGUAUUCUUUCUACAAUAAUUUGUAAACAUAUUUAUUUUUACUUUUUUGUUGUUGUUUUUGUUUUUUACUUUUCAGGUCAAAAUUUUAUACUGCACUUGUCAAAAUAAAGAUUCUCACAUAA